AUGGACGAGAACCUGCGUUCGGUUUCCCUGACAGACCAGGAGGUAGAGCAGAUAAGCAAUAUGCACAAACAGAUCGGGCAGCGGAGGCUAAUUGACUCCGUCCCAUUUGCCUGGGGUGAAGUUCCUGGAAAGGGACACGCGAUUAUGGGUUGGACUGUGCAGGAGAUGGGAUGGGAGGACGCAGCGGGCAAUGUGCUGGUUUAG